ACGAUAAAGUAGAUAGAGCGAGAGCGAGAGUGAAGAUAUUUAGUAAAAAAAACAGAAAUGGGUAAGAACAAUGUCAAAAUCCUCAUCACAGUUUUUGCAAUGGUUUUAACCGCAGCAAUGAUGAUACAAGAAGCUAAGAGCAUUCCCCUAUGUAAGGUCAACACAAAUGACUUGCAGAAAUGUCGUCCAGCUGUCACUGGAAACUAUUCGCCACCUCCGACUCCGGCCUGCUGCACAGUGGCCAAAACUGCAAAUCUUGAAUGUCUCUGCCCGUUCCUCUCCAGGUCCGGGAUUGACCCAGCAAAACUCAAGGUUCUUUUUGCCAAAUGUGGCGUUAACAAUCCUUCCUGUUUGCCAUGAUUGAAGAAUUGAGCUGGACUGGACUUAAGCCGGCCUGUUGCAUACUUUGCCAUAACCUGGAGUCUCUAAGUUAUAAUUUAUUAUGGUGUUCUAUUCUAUUAGAAUAAUCAACAAAUUAUUUUCAGUCACCUUUUCUUAUCUACAAGAACCGUCUUCUAUAAAUUAAAUGAAAUAAAGUACUGCUUUGGCUUAU